GCAGUUCAUCUAAUAAAGGUACAACAGAUGGACCCACUCCAAACAUAACUCUUCCAACUCAUCCAUUUUAUCCAACUAAUCUCAAGUUACCGACUUACAUAGAAUCAACAUACACAACAACACAACUUUUAUCAAUAUUUGUUGCAUUAGUCAUCACAGUUGUAACGGCCUCCUUGGUAAUAAUUAGAACAAAAUCUAAUGUAUCAACUAUAAAUAAGUUGUUAUUUGUUUGGUUUAUCAUAUGUGGGUUUAUUCAUUUGUUCUUGGAAGGGUAUUUCUCUUAUUUCCAUAAAGAAAUUGUUGGUGAUAAUAGUUUAAUGUCUCAGCUUUGGAAAGAGUAUGCGUUAUCCGAUUCAAGAUAUUUGACAUCUGAUCCUUUUGUUGUUAUUAUGGAAGGAAUUACUUCUAUGUUUUGGGGACCAUUAUCAUUUUUAACAUCAAUAGCAAUUUAUAAUAAUUGGCCAUCAAGAUACAUAUUACAGCUGAUAGUUUCGUUAGGUCAAUUAUAUGGCGAUGUUUUAUAUUAUUUUACUACACUGAUCAUCGGGUCACCACAUUCUAGACCUGAACCUAUUUACUUCUGGGGCUAUUUCUUUACAAUUAAUUUCAUAUGGAUUAUUAUACCUGGAUUCUGUCUUUAUCAAAGUUUUGUACAUUUAAAUUUUGCAUUAAAAGAGGACUUGAAAAGAAAAAGCUCGAUUGUACCAACUAUAAUUGGUCCUGUUGUAGAAGAGGUGAUGGUACCUGAUACGGGUGGUAUAUUUAGGACUGGGAUGGGAACACCUGAAGUAAAACUUAUUGACAAUGUGAAUUUGGUUUCCAUGCUAGUUGGAUUUGUUAUUCCCAGACAUAAUAUUUCUUUGGUGAGAAGUAAUGUUUUUAGUUCUUGUCGACAUCUUUGUACUGGGGAAGAAGAAGAAGAUGAUGAUAAUGCAACUAAUAAUUUUCCUAAUACACCUUUAUCAUCAUCCUUUAAGAAACUUUCAUUCUCGUCAAAAAUAUUAUUUCAUGAUACUUGGACGCCUGAAGAUUAUGAUCGACGAGGUGAUCAGUCAACUUGUAAUCAGUUAACACCAAUACUUGCACAGCAAAUAAAAGAUGAAUUAAACGAAUUUAAAAUGGGAGAAAUGCAAGUGCAUGAAGAUAGUAGGCAAAACACACAUUUUUUUGCUUAA